UUAGGCAGCGGAGCAAUCGUUUCCAUAUCUUUCUAUCCUGUCACACCAACCAUCUGCAUGUCCUGCAACAUCUUCAUCUCUGCCACACUCUCCAUUAUUUUGGCCAGUAGAGAUUUCCAAGCCUCGCUUCUAACAUUCUUUCCUACAACUUCAUGCUUUGCUUGAUCAACAUAACACCUCUGUAGCUAAUGCAGUUCUGUGCAUCACCGUGGUCUGAAAUAAAAAAUAGGAACCAGUACCUUUCCUCAGGCAUCUUCUCGCUUUUUAAGGAAUCUCCCCUGCCAUCUCUCCUUGAUAGUUCCAUGCUGUCACUGGAAUGUCGUCUAGGCCAAUUGCCUUUCCACUCUCCAUCUUUUACACUCUCAGCAAGGGGAAGAGCAGUACAACAGGGCAGGAAACAGGCUAUAUUAGACACACCACGACCUGUCACAAAGAAACAACUUAUGUCUUUCUUAGGACUAUGUAAUUACUGCAGAGCCUGGGUUCCACUCUAUGCUGAGAUGGCUCAACCAUUGAUAGAGGUAGCUCAUGGACAGCCAUUAGCACUCAAAGAUAAAAUCACGUGGACACCAGAAGCAGAAGAAGCAUUCACAAAAUUGAAAUUGGCAUUGGUUCAAACAGCAAAUUUGAUCCUACCUGACUACAGCAAAAGGUUUAUGCAAACAGUGGACUGUAAAGAUGGGUUUAUGACAUCAGUACUGACUCAACAACAUGGCAUGAAAUGGCUACCAAUAGCUUUCUAUUCCAAAAGACUUGACCCUGUAGCUAGAGCUUUGCCACCAUGUGUUCAAGCUAUAUGUGCUGCUGCGAUGGCAGUAGAAUCGUCAGCAGAUGUCAUCUUGUUCCAUCCCACAGACCUGUUUGUACCACAUGCUGUUGAUGUGUUGUUACUUCAAAGUAAAAUGAAUAUGCUGUCCCCAGCCAGACAUUUGUCUUAUACAGCUCUGUUACUGUCACAGCCACACAUAACCAUUAAACGCUGCACUGUAUUAAAUCCAGCGACUUUACUCCCUACACCAAAUGAUGGAAUACCUCAUAAUUGUGUAGAGGAAACUGAACAACUGCAGCUACCCAGAGCAGAUUUGUCAGACACACCACUCACCACAGGUAAAACGUGGUUUGUAGAUGGGUCUUGCUCAAGAACACCAAUAGGAAAAACGCAGACAGGUUAUGCUGUGGUGGAAAACCCAGAUACAGUAAUAGAAGCAGCAACUCUUCCUUCGCAUUUCUCAGCCCAAGCAGCUGAAAUCAUUGCGCUGACUAGAGCAUGUACUCUAGCAGAUGGACAAGACCUAACUGUAUACACAGACAGCCAGUAUGCAUUUUCAACAGUUUUUUACUUUGCAAAACAAUGGGAAAGGCGUGGAAUGAUAACUUCAACAGGAAAGCAAAUAACACAUGCACAACUUCUAAUCCAGCUCCUCCAGGCAGUAAUGUUGCCCACGAAGCUUGCAAUUUGCAAAUGUGAGGCACACACACGGAGGAAAGACUUGGUAUCACUAGGCAAUGCCUUAGCAGAUAAAAUAGCAAAGGAAGCUGCUAUAGGAAAAUACGGAACCUCAGACCUAUUUCUGAGAUUGCCGUCAGAAAAGGAGGAACUAAUAAAUACACAGAUCUUGCAUGAUAUGCAACAUUCAGCCCCUAAACAAGAACAGAAAAUGUGGAUUGCUAAAGGUGCACAACUGACAGACAAAGACAUAUACAUUGUAAAUAAUAAGCCUGUUCUCCCUAAAUCCCUCUUUAGGGCAGCUGCGGUUUCGACACACGGUAGUUCUCAUGUGUCGACAGGGGGGAUGCAGGAGCUAAUAUCACAACACUUUACAACGUAUGGUUUCAAUUUGUACUCAAAACUUUUUUGUAGAGCGUGUGAAGUCUGUAUAAAAAAUAAUCCACAAGGGAAUGUAAGACCAAAGAGAGGAAAAUUCCCAGAACCAGCAUAUCCGUUCCAAAUGCUGCAUAUGGACUUCAUAGAACUAAACAGAUGA